UCUCAUGCCCCCAUGAUCAUGUCGCGGAGGACGCUGGGUGGAGGUCGUGUUCUAGGCAACCCGAACGCUCUCGCAUCAGCUCCGUCCCCGCAGCCGAAGCCAAGGGUGCUUUCGCCGACCGCCAGCAGCGUUUCCCUGAGUUCGCAGACGUCCGCAUCACAGUUCUCGACGGACAUUCAGGAUCUUACUUCACGCAUUUCUAUAGAAAAUGGCGAUACUUCGAUAUCUGCGGCGCCGGCUGCUCCGGGAGCUCAGCUCUCCUGUCCGAUCUGCAGCGAGGAGAUGAUGACUUUGCUUCAAUUAAAUAGACAUCUCGACGACAUACACCAGAACCUGGAAGAAAUCCGGCAAGAUGAAGUCAAAGAUUGGUUUAAGAUUCAAAUGGAAAAGGCCCGGAAGUUCCAGCCUUUGGCGGUCCUGAAUCAGAAGUUAAAGGGUCUGGAUGUGUUCGAAUCAAACGAGAACCAAGGCGCGCCUACCCCCAGCCGCUCGCUAGCCCCACAUGCAGGCAUCCCCGAACCUCCGAGAGUAAUAGACCCCGAAGAUCUCAUUACAAAAGACCACUGGCAAACGAGUUCUAUCUACGAUGAAUGUCUGGAGCCAUCAUGUGGGAAACGAUUGAAUGCCACCAAUGGCUGCGUGAACUGCCGGAGUUGCGGGAAACUAUUCUGUGAGGAACAUACGAUGUACCAAAUGAAGCUCUCACGGGCGGCGCAUCAUGAACCGGUGCGAGGAAUCUGGGCUCGAGUAUGUGAAACCUGCUACAAGUCAAGAGAGGGGUACAAUGAUCAUAAUGGGGCGACGAGGAACAAAAUGGAUUCGUUCAAGUCAAUAAGAAAACAGAUUGUCGAUAAGGAGUUUUUGGAGAUUUCCAGACUCGAGAAACGACUAACACGUCUUACCCAGCUGUUGGCUAAUCUGCCAUUGGAUCAAAUACACCCCGGUGCAACCAAAUUGUGGUCUCUUGCGUGGCAGGGUGAUCAACGUAAAGAGAUAGAGCAAACGAUCGUCAGUUGGCAAGAGGAUGCUAGUGUGUCGAGGUGUCCAUUUUGCCAGCAGGAUUUUUCGGGCUAUACGUUUCGCAGACAUCACUGCAGGACUUGUGGAAGAGUUGUCUGUGGCGACAUUAGUACGGAGUGCUCGAGUGAGAUUGGGUUGAGCAUUUCUCCUUCCAGCUCUGAGAAAACCAAUGGGGAUAACCUUGUCAACGUUGACGUGAGACUGUGCAAGGAAUGCAAAUCCACACUAUUUGAUCGACGCGACUUCCAAGCAGACAUGGCACGAAAACCAGCAGAGAUCAGGGCCUAUGAGAACCUGACUCAGUUUGAAAGAGGCAUUCGUCUUCAUCUACCGAGAUUUCAAAAGCUGCUGGCAGCGUUACAGGAUCCGAGGCGUCCUCCGUCAUCCGCCCAGAUUGCAGAUGCAUCCAAGGUCCGCAAGCGGCUCAUCGAUUCUUUUGCGCAAUACGAUAUUGCAGCUCGACGUAUCCGUGACAUGCCGACCCAAUCUCCUACGCAGAAAAAGCUGCAGAAGGCCAUUUAUCAAAAAGCCAGCAACUUUCUCCACCUCCAUAUGUUACCUCUGAAGUCACUUCCUAAGCUUCUCAAACACGCAACGCCUGCAUCAGACAGAGUACCCAGCCGUACAAGCUCCCCGGCUACUCCAGCCAAUGGCUCCGUGGCAAGUCUUCGGCCACCGGAGUCUGCCGUUUCAUCCAUCAAGUACAAUAGCAUUGCCGUUAACGGCAGCAAUACUAGUGUGGCCAGUGACACUAGUAGCGCCGUUUCAGCCCUGGAAGCAGAAGAAAAAACUCUUCGAGACCGGCUGAUUGUGUUGGAAGAACAGAAGUUCUUCGUUUCCGAAAUGAUCGCUGAUGCCAACCGGCGACGCAAGUUUGACGAGGUGAGUAGCCUCGCGAUGAACGUGGAAGACCUCAGCCGUGAGAUUGAUCGCGUCAACGGCAUGCUCGCUGGUCUCGACUUCGAGGGUGUUUACACAGGCCAUGUGCAUCCAAGCCCUUGA